AGACCCAGCCACGGCCCAGCAGUGUCCAGCCUGCAGACCCCAGAGACCCCCACGCACCCCACACUCCCCACAGCUGGGGCAGAGCCAACACUGGGCUUCACCGUGGCCAUGGGGCCAAGUCCUGCUCCCACCCUCAUCUUCGCUCUGCUGCUGCUGGGGGCUGCAGUGAAGGGGCAGCCCCGGGGCCGGAUCCUGGGGGGCUACGAGGCCAAGCCCCACCUGAAGCCAUACAUGGCCUCCCUGCAGCUGGACGGGCAGCACGUCUGUGGGGGCUUCCUGAUUGCCGAGCAGUGGGUGCUGAGCGCUGCCCACUGCACUGAGGACACGGAUGGAAAAUUCUUCCAGGUCCUCCUGGGCGCCCACUCGCUCACGGAGCCAGAGCCCCACAAACGCCUGUACCGGGUGCGCGCCCAGUUCCCCCACCCCGGCAGCAACAUCCACAACAACAAGGACGACCUCCUCCUCCUCCAGCUGGAGGAGAAAGCGGAGCUGAACACGGAUGUGCAGGUGCUGCCGUUUCAGCGGGAGGACCAGGACGUGGCAGCCGACACCGUGUGCGAGGUGGCUGGUUGGGGCACCAUCAGCCACAGCGGCCGCCGGCCCGACAAGCUGUACCAGCUGGAGCGGCCGGUGAUCAGCCGCGACGUCUGCAACCACCGCACCCGCCACGACCGAACCAUCACCGAGAAGAUGAUGUGCACCGACUCCCGCAGGAAGGACACCUGCAAGGGAGACUCCGGUGGCCCCCUGGUCUGCAACGGGGUGGCUGAGGGGGUGGUCACGGCCGGCUCCCGCGUCUGUGGCAACUACAAGAAACCAGCCAUCUACACCCGCAUCGCCCCCUACGCCGACUGGAUCGACAGCGUCAUGGCCACGGCCACCGGGGAGGGGGACACACGCUGAGACCCCCCCCGGGAACCGGGCUCCACGCCACAGCUUGCUGCUGCCAGCACAGCCAGAGUGCCCGUGCUGCUGCUGGGGACACAGGGGCUCCCAGAGCAUCUCCCUGCACCGGGAGAAGGGUUGGCCGGGAGACCCACCAGAAACCAAGACAGGGGGUCCCUGGCCCACCUCGGCCAAGCACAGGGUCUGGCCAGGGGGUCGCAGCCCCUGCUCUGGUGCAGGCCACAGGCUUCGCUGAACGUGCCCAAACUGCUGCCGCGACCGCACCGCAAUAAAGACACGAUGAUUCCUGCA